AUGACCCUGAAUGUCAUGGCAGACAAACUGGUGGGUAUGCAUCCGCAAGCGGCGAUUGUUAGUGUACAAGUAUAUUGUGAAAAAGUCUUCUCAGCCUCUACAAUCGGUGCACAAGAACACAUCCCGUCAGAGGAAGCAGGAACGCCGACGCAAGCGGCGGGCUACGGAGGCACCAGCGGAUCUGCAACCCGUAUUGGUGGCAUACGGGGAUGCAGACUUAAAGCCGUCAUACAAAGGUCAUGCCCCAUUGCCGGUGAAGUGCGUGACGAAACGGUGACACGAUGCCCGCACAAGACCAAGAAGAUCCGUCUCCGUGGCGAAAAUCAUUCGCGACAUCGAUGCUCAAUGAUGAUGGCAUCAUUCUGCAUUUCACUAGUGAAUCCCAGAGCGCCAGUUAGUCGAUUUGGAAUCGAGAUGUCAAUGCUGGACGAAACAUCCGCUCGACUCUGA